UAGACACUCUCUCUCCCUUCCUUACCUGUCUUCACAUGCGACUCCUGUCUUUCUCUUCCUCUUUCCUUUUCAGAAGAUCUGCGUACAACUCCAGCAGCUCCUAAACAUCAUGAUCUCGCUCGGCUAUAUUUGCAUCAUCUGGUUCACCUGUGUAGGCUUCCCCAGAGCAGACUCUCUGAUCAUAUCAGCUCAAGUGGGUUCCACAGUUAUCCUGCCGUGCGAGUGGAGAAAUGUCUCCGUCCAAACACUGCAUGUCCAGUGGAGCACAGUGUCGGAGACUGUGUUUGAGAGAAAAGGUGCUCAGCUGUAUGAGGGGGAGGGAUAUAAGAACCGUGUGGACGUUCCUCAAGACAAGCUGCUUAAAGGAAACUGUUCCCUGGUGUUGAAGAGCGUCACACUCACUGAUGCAGGCAUCUACGAGAGCUUCCUGUCUGUGAAGCGCGUAAAGAGAACCAGCUCUACAAAAUGGAUUUUAGUCCAGCGUGUCGAGCUCUCAGUCGAUGAGACUCUUCAGCACGUUUCAAUCACCAGAGAAAUACCUGAAGGACAUGUUCAUGAAAGGUUAACUGCUGCUGCAGGAGUGAACUGUCCUCAUCUACAGAUCAUCCUGCUUCUUACAUGUUUAUGUGUACUUCACUUCUGAGUGGAAACGCCAGUUAGAUUUUACAAUUUAGUAAAGUUGCUAAUAAAAUGCCCUAAAUAUUUAAGAUGACUACUUAUAUUAAUAAUCAGUGUCAUGCUGUUAUAGAAAAACCAUCCAUACUGUCAAACAUGUCCCUAUAACAGCAUGUGAUAGUUUUAUUCCUCUUAGAACACAGCAGGUAAUAAAAUAGUCAUUUUUAACUCAUCAGAGAAUUACAUGUCCUACAUUUUAUACUUUUAAAGUUAUAUAUAAUGUUUAACAUUCAUGAAACAAGUUAUUUGAGCUCCUUAAAGACACUAAAGCUUUACCUCUGUUACAAAGCACUGACACUAAAUACUCCUUCCAGAAUAGUCAAGUGUGAAUUUGUUGCUAUAGAAACAAUGUAAGCACAUUAAUACUCUGAAUUCAGAAUUCAACGAAAGUGUGUCUGUCUUUCAAUACCUAGUGUGACGUUACUGUGUUCAUCUAAAGAAAAAAGGCAUCGAAAAAAGAAAACAAAAUAUCAGUCUAUAAACUACAGCAAAUGAAAUGUCCUAACUUACAUUAGUUAAGUUAGUUAAGUGUUGUAUUUAUUUACCUUUUUAAUUGCUAAAGUGUGAUGUGACUCAUCCUGCUGUCUGGAGAGUGAUUGAUUGGUGUUUAGUGCUGCACAGUAUCAGUGCUGUAACUGUUCAGGUUCAUAAACACUCUGCUGCUAAACUGUCUAUAAAAUUAUAAAGAUAUAUUCUCUUCCCCUCA